AACAGGAGGACAAUGUAUGGGAGGAAGAGGAGGAGGAGGAGGUAUCAUCAGUUUCCUCAAUGAAAGAUGGUAAUGAUGGUGUGUUUAGUUUAAGAGGGAGUUCAGUGAUAGAGCAUGGAGUAUUAGUAUCAUGUACCAUGCUAUCAACAAGAGGGGGAGGAGUAGGGGGAGGAGCUAAGAAUAUUCAUGGGUCAUUAGCUAAUCCUCCUAUACUGAACUACUGGAUAAUAGGGAGAUUGUUUGAGGAGAGAGAGCUGUACAUUUGCUAUCAGGAGAACAUGUCACAGUCAUCUGUCGAGAUUAUUUUUAAAUUGCUGUUUGGAUCAAACAUAUUUUAAAAAUUCUUCUAUUUUUUAUAAUUUUUAUCAUCAUUAUUAAUUAUUACGGGGUAUUUGUAAAAUCAGAUGAACGCCCACUCAAGGGCGAGGCUCAUUUUCUCAAAAGAUGGAAGUCUCUUUCGCUGCUUUCUUGUCCUCUACUCCAACUAUAAAGGAGCUGACGGAGCAUGUUAAUGUUAGCACUAAGUGGUACCUUGUUGGUACAAUGCUUGACUUGGAUCAGAAACGAUUGAAAAGCAUUGAAGCACAAACUGGCCACAAUGACGCUCACAAGACGGUAGAGAUGUUCAAUAUAUGGCUAGAAACUACUCCUACUGCUAGUAGGAGACAAGUACUGGAAGCAAUGAGAGCAGAUGCGGUGGGAGAGAACACACUUGCUCAAAAAUAUGAAAAGCACUUGAGAGAAUUGCACCAAGAAACUUAUGCACCACCAUCUACUAAAGCAGUUUUUAUUCUUCAAAAGAAUAUUCAAUCAUUGAAUGAAGCUCUUGUCUCUCCUGUACAAGUGUCUCAACUGUUAUACUGUAAGAGAUGUAUAAGUGAAGCUACUCUGGAUGAAAUGGAGAGGAUAGAUCAGAGGAGGUCACUGGAUGACAAGAAGACCACUCUAUUGACUGUCAUGCAAGAAAUAGUGUCUAGUGACUACAGAAAACUUAAAGAUAUUGCUACAGUGCUGUCUGAUGUUGAAGAAACAAGAGAUAUAGCCAAUAAAAUCAUGACCGAAUAUGAAGAGAAAAUUCCUCAAGAUGAUGAUAGUACAGUAGUACAACCACAGGUGGGAGUAGUCAGUAAUGAAGAUCGUGCUAGUGAUAUAUUGAGGAAUAGUUACAGUGCUCUCUCUCAGUCAAUUACUGAACCAGUUCGUAUGGCAAAGUGGCUUCAUGAAGAGGUGGUUAUAUCUGAUGAGGCUCUGUCUUGUGUCAUGUCUACCAGAGGUUCUGUCUCUGACAGUAGAGCAGUUCUCCUCAAAGCUGUACGAGAUGCUGUUCACUCCAAUUACAAACACCUGGAGUUGUUUGUUACUGUAUUACAAAAAGACCUUAAAGAGAGUCAAUGCAUUAAUGUUCAAAAGGAAGAAGUGAUUGAUGAACUAAAGGAGAAAAUCUCAUCACUAAAAGAAGAAAAAACUGUAAACAAGGAAAGCAUAAUUAAAGAUACUGAGAAAGAGUUAGAAUCAUUUAAGGAGCUGUCAGAAAAUAGACAAAAAACAAAACAAAAACUUGAAAACAAUAGCAAUUCACUAGUUAAAGAGAUACCAAAUGAUAGUGACAUAUUCACAGAUGAAUUACCCAAUAAUGAUGACUCAUCUGAUACUGACACACCAUCAGAAAUUGAUAGUGAUGCACCCAUACCCAUAAAAGCAGAUGCAGAGGUGCAGGUGAAGCGGAGUCAGUAUAGUAUGCGUCUCAGUAAUCCAUCAUUAGAUCAAUGUGAGAAGUUAAUCAGUAAACUAAAGGAUACAAAUAAGAGUGUUAUACUUAUUCAUUCAUCAUCUGACAGUACACAGUUCCUAGUACCAAUUAUAUUGGAGAGAGGAACAAUAAGUCAACUUAAUAUUUACUCUUCAUUAUUAACACGUGAUGAUAUUCUCUCAUUUUCUUCUCAGCUAUCAACCAACAAAUCAUUAACAACUCUAGUCCUAACUACUGGUUCAAUGAGUGAUGAUGGAAUCAUUGCACUAGCACAAUCACUGCUGCAUAAUGAAGCACUUGAAAACUUGCAUCUUAAUGACAAUCCUGGCAUCACUUCAGAUAGUGCUCGUUCACUGGCUGAACUUUUACUCAUUAACAAGAAACUCCAAUACCUUCGUCUCCAUCAUACCAGCAUUGAUACUGAUGGAGUAAUGAUGCUGAUGGAAUCUCUGGUGACCAAUGAUACACUAGUGAAACUCUGGCUAGACAAACAGCAUGAAAAAACUUGUUUUGCUUCACCUCAUUACAAGGCUAUUGAAAGCAUAUUAUAUUUUUUGUAG